AUUCAAACGUCACGAAGAAAAUGCUGAACAAGGAAGAGAAUCAAGUGGAAGAAAAUCAAGUGGACGAGGAGUAUCGGAGAAGGUACGCGGUCCUUUUUGGAAUAUUUUAUUCUCUAUCUAUUUUAAAAAGCAAUAUGCAUGUAACGCGCAUGGCAGGACGUAGGUAUAGAGGGGUUUUUACAGGCUUAUUAUUUUCGGGCAAAACGAAAAUUGAAAGUAAAUUCACUACGUAAAGCAAAUGUUAUGAUCCAGAUUUAAUCUUUUAAAAUUAUUUUAGAAAACGCGUUCAUUAAAAGUAUAUGUCGUUCUUUGAAUUAUAUUUAUAUUUAGAUACUGACUGCUGUCCAACGUAGUGCAAAGGAUGGAGAAAGUGAACCAAAUACGUCUACAAAUGAGUCAAGAUUAUACUGUUUUGUAGUCACAACUUUGAAGUUCGUGUUGGGAACAUUAAAGUCUGUACUCGCAAUAUUAAAGUGGUUCGUAUUCGCAACACUAAACUUCGUAUUUGCAACACUAAAGUUCGUAUUCGCAACUUUAAAAUGGUUCGUAUUUGCACCACUAAAGUUCGUACUCGCAACACUAAAGUUCGUACUCGCAACACUAAAGUUCGUAUUCGCAGCAAUAAAGUGGUUUGUAUUCGCACCACUAAAGUUCGUACUCGCAACAUUAAAGUUCGUACUCGCAACAUUAAAGUUCAUAUUCGCAACAUUAAAGUGGUUCGCAUUCAUACCUUUAAAGUUAGUAUUAGCGAUAUACGGAGAUCAACAUAAAGAAGACAACAAUAACAUGAGAAAUGAAAUUAAGGAACUACGACAAGAGAAUAGCAAGAUGCACAACAAAAAUCAGCAACUUCGACAAGAGAAAAAUCAGUUGGACAACGAAAAUCAGCAAUUUCGACAAGAAAAAGGUCAGUUGGAGAACGAAAAUCAGCAACUUCGACAAGAGAAAAAUCAGUUGGACAACGAAAAUCAGCAACUUCGACAAGAUAAAAAUCAGUUGGACAACGAAAAUCAGCAACUUCGACAAGAUAAAAAUCAGUUGGACAACGAAAAUCAGCAAUUUCAACAAGAAAAAGGUCAGUUGCAGAACGAAAAUCAGCAACUUGAACAAGAGAAAAGUCAGUUGGAGAACGAAAAUCAGAGUCUUCGACAAGAUAAAAAUCAGUUGGAGAUCGAAAAUCAGCAACUUGAACAAGAGAAAAGUCAGUUGGAGAACGAAAAUCAGCAACUUCGACAAAAAACUGAUGACAUAAUCAAUGAAAUGCAAGAGACUCGACAAGAAAACAACAACAUGGAAAUUGAAAUUCAGCAAUAUCGGGAAGACACCAUGUCUAGCAUCUUUUCAGAAAGUGGAUCAGUAGUAAUUUCAAAUGAAGAACUUGGAAGAGGUGCUUGGGGUGCUGUUUACACGGGAGACUUUUAUGGAACUAAAGUAGCAGUUAAAGAAUAUUACGAAAUCAUUUUAUCUCCACAUAAUUUGCAAAUACUUCAACGUGAAAUAAAUAUCGCAUCACAAUGUCGGCAUCCUAAUUUACUACAGUUUAUUUGCGCGACGAAAAAUCAUCAAAAUCGUCUAUUAAUUGUAACAGAACUGAUGGAUAUGGCUUUGCGUACAUUAGUUGAGCAACGUGCAACAGAAAGAUCGCAGUUGGAGGAUCAGAAGGUUGAAUCAAUUUCCUUAGAUGUUGCACGUGGCCUAAAUUACCUUCAUUCUAAAACGCCGAACCGGAUUAUCCACCGUGAUGUUAGCAGUGCCAAUGUAUUGUUAUGGAUUGAAAACGGUGCAGUAAGAAGAGCGAAAAUAUCGGAUUAUGGUUCAGCUAAUUUCAUGGAAGUGUCCAAGACAGCAAAUCCAGGAUCAGCGCUUUACGCCGCGCCUGAAGCCAAUCGAGAAAAACAAGAUCCUAAGGUAAAUAUAUUCGAAAGUAUUUACACGAGCUAGUCAGUUAGAAAAUAGCACAAAUUUUGAUUUCAAAAUUGAAAAAAUAAUUGUUCUUUUGAAUUCACCAUGUUCAACGCCUGAGCUGGACGGGAAUUAGUCCAAACAGGUUGUUAUAAUCCAAAAAUCGCUGGAAAAAUAGUAAAGUAAAACUAUAGUAUUGAAAUAAUAUUUGCAUUUACUAAAUGCAAAGUAUAUCUCAACUAUUUCCACACUAUAUCCAUAGUAUAUCGGGAAAACAAGUAUGGAAAUGGCAAUGGAGAAAGGAUUUCCUUAUCAUUCCCAUUUAGGAUCCAUAUAUACUAACUAUUCCAGUGAAAUAUCUUACUUAUACACCACAACAACUUGAUGGCAUUGCCUUUAUCUAAAAUAAAAAAAUUCUGCGAACGAAAUUUGACAUUUAGUUACAUUUUGGCACUGUAUUUUAAUAGGUGACGCUGGUUUCAGCCUUGCUCAGAAUUGAAAUUCAUCAAAAAACUCUUCUGAUCAUUUUAAUGGAUUGCACUCGAAACCAUGUCACAACUUUUGUAACAAUGAAUAUGAAUUUAUGACAGAUCAGUUAAAUUCGAUAUUAAGCAGAUAUAAUAUUAGAUAUAUUUUCGCUCGCUACUCUGGUUUAAAUGAACGCAGUCCCAAAAAAUCAAAUUCACGACCCAACGUCUGGUCUCAUCGUGUGUGGUUAUCAAAAGUCGCAACAUGGUUGUUUUCCAACACGAGUACAUCUAUACCUUCAGUGUUGUUACUAUAUAGCUAGAUCACCCCCAAUGAAGACACUAAACUGAAUUUUUGUACUGCGCCGGUCAAGCAACUUUUCAUCUUGCACUCGAAGAAACCGUUUACUAGUUGUUUUAUCUUUUUUAUAUUUAAUAUGCAGAUCGAUGUGUUUAGCUAUGGUUUCCUGGUAUGCGAAAUGUCUGUUUGUGAGCUACCACAUCCUGAACAAAUCAAAAGAAAGGGUCAAAUAAAGGAUUCAGAAUGUUGGUAUCAAAAGAUUGGUGGAACGUUGUACGGAAAUAGAACCGCAAAAAAGGCCAACAAUGCAGGAUGUAAUUGGAUUCUGGUCAAAUUGAAACAAGACCUAACUAUCCCAGUGCUAACACUACAUCAGUACUCUAGCUUAGUUAGUUUAUUAACAUUUAUCCCAUAGUAUAUAAUAUUACAUGAACAUUUUAGUCUUCUUCAUUACGUAGCUUGGUCAAAAACGUCGGCACGUAUAUAUAGUAUGUGUAUCUGUAAUUUACACUAAUCCUGAUGAUAUAAACUACAAUCAAGUCAAAACGUCGAUUAUAAAAAUCAAAAUGUUUUUCGG